CUCCAUUGGUGCCCCGUGCGUCAAACAACCUGCAACUCUGAUAAUGUGCGCUUUGUGAACACGUUCAUACUGACGGUCCUGUUAGAAUUUGCGCAGCAUUCGCUUGGUUAGGAUGUAAAAAUUUUAUUUUACAAUAAUAGCAGUUGCGAGAAAAACUUGACAGUUGUUCUUUCACUAUUCGUCGAUCUACCACGUUUUAAGACUGUUUCAAAUCGCGACAAGUGAACAUUUUAGUCUGUUUAUAAAAUAGAAAAAUUUUUUUUUUGAUUAGUGGUUUUUUUUUUAUUGGGCUUUUAAAUUCGGACUUGUACAGUGCCUUAUUUUUGAGUUCCACAAUGGCCAGUAACAAUUUGGAACUGACCAAUGGUUCCUUGAGAGUUAGAAAUGGUACCAUCACACAAGAUGAAAAAAAGAAGGAAGUUAAAGAAUGCCCAAGUGUUAUGUCUCCAGAGACCAAAAGACUACUGCCUCCAAACACAGAAACUGUUCAGACAAAACCUUUCCCAAUUAGGGGUGAAAGAUCUAAUUAUGUUAACAGUCCACAUGUUAUCGCUAUGGUCGGUCUACCAGCUAGAGGGAAAACCUACAUUUCGAAAAAGUUGUCUAGGUACUUGAAUUGGAUAGGCAUAAAUACAAGAGUAUUUAACCUUGGGGAAUAUAGAAGACACGCAACCACAGACUACCAAAAUCACGAUUUCUUCCGGCCUGAUAACGCUGAAGCCAUGGCUAUCAGAGCUCAAUGUGCAGAAGAAGCUUUAAAAGACGUCUGCAAUUGGCUGGAGAACGGCGGAGGGGAGGUAGCUGUCUUCGACGCAACAAACUCGACUAUAGAAAGGAGAAACAGGAUACACGAUGUUUUCGUGAAACAGAAAGGAUUCAAGCUAUUCUUUGUGGAAUCUGUGUGCGAUGAUCCUUCCAUCAUUGAACAGACCAUAAGAGAAGUCAAGGUUAGCAGUCCAGAUUACAAAAAUAUGAAUAAAGACGAGGCACUCAAGGACUUCCUGCAAAGGAUAAGCCAUUACGAGGAAAAGUAUGAACCUCUAGACGAGGAAAAGGAAUCAGAAAGAUCGUUUAUGAAGAUUUACAACACUGGACAGAAAGUUCUGACACAUAAGCACGAAGGACACGUACAGGCUCGCGUAGUUUAUUACUUGAUGAAUAUACACAUUACCCCUAGGACAAUUUAUCUCACAAGGCAUGGAGAGAGUGAGCAGAACCUAGAAGGCAGAAUCGGUGGUGAUUCCGACCUGAGCGACAGAGGGCGUCAGUACGCUUUAAGUUUAGGACAGUUCAUCGAAGAACAAAAGAUAGACGGACUCAGGAUAUGGACAUCAUGGUUGAAGAGGACCAUACAAACGGUGUCAGAACUGAACAAAGCCCCCCAAGAAAGGUGGAAGGCUCUUAACGAAAUAGACGCUGGAGUUUGCGAAGAGAUGACCUAUUCCGAGAUCAAAGAAAAAUACCCUGAAGAAUUCGCAGCAAGAGACUUGAACAAGUUCGCUUAUCGUUAUCCAAGAGGAGAGAGCUACGAGGAUUUGGUUGCUAGAUUGGAACCGGUCAUCAUGGAACUUGAGAGACAAGGGAAUGUACUUGUGGUGUCCCACCAAGCUGUUAUUAGAUGCCUUCUAGCCUAUUUUUUGAAUAAGACAGCUGAGGAGCUACCAUAUCUAAAAGUACCCCUUCACACCAUAAUCAAAUUGACGCCAGUGGCUUACGGUUGCAGAGUUGAACAUGUCAGUUUGAAUAUUGAUGCUGUAGACACCCACAGGCCAAAACCAAAGGUACCUGGAUCCUAAAACAAUGAGUGCCUGAUUGUGCUUCAAAAAAACCUGUUGUCUUGUAGCACAUUUUUAGUUUAGCAACAAGCUUGUAACAUUAACUGUGAAUGUUUCUAUUAACUUAAUUGUUUACAAUCUUCCCGAGAAAAUGAGGUAGCUGUAAUAAAAAUGUGUUUUGUAUGAUUUCUCGUUUAGAUUGUGAAUGCAUAUAUGUGUUAUUUUUCUAAGAGAAAAAAUUUUUGUGAUUACUUGAUACAGCGUCUUGUUGUUGCAAAGCCCAAUUUAAUGUUUCUAGUUAACUAAUCGAAAAGUACAAAUUUAUAUCAAUUGAAUUAUUUUUUUGAAUCAGUCAUGACUGGUAUAGAAUAGAAAUUUUCAAGCAAAAUCUUGUGUGUUUUUUGAAAACUUGUUUUCGAGAAAUUUUUUCUUCAAGAAGAAAAUUUUUAUUAGGUCAAAUUUGCGAAUGUAUAAUAAUAUCAAAAUGCUCAUAGCUUUAUACUAAAAAAUGAAUAAUGAAGUUUUAACUCAAUAGGAAAAUUUUUUAUUAGUGAAUAUAUGUAUAUUUUAAGCGAAGAUGAAGAAGUAAUAAGGAAAUAUUUUUAUACAUUAUAUCUCUUUUAUUAAAGUUGAUUUUUUUCAAGGUUCCUGGUUUUUUGGAAGACCGAUUUAAAAGGCCUUUAUACCCCAACUCAAUUAACAUUCAAUGACAAUGAGCCCACGUUGGGAGCAAGUUUAGGAAAGCUAGUGAUUUUCGACCUCAACACCAAAGUGUGGGGAGAACUAUAAAUAUAACUUUUUUGAUUAUUUAUGACUACAUAAACAUUUAUAUAUGUUCACCAAAUAUUAUGAAAUUAAUUCCAAUUAUAAGUUGAGUUUGUU